AUGAUUACCUCGAGAGCUCGAUUAGGAACUAUUUAUUUGUCAAAGUCAACUUGCUUGUACAAAAAUCUGGCAUUGGAGGAAUGGUUAUUCAGAAACCACGAUUUAGAACAAUCAGAGGAGUCGGUACUUUUGUGGAGGUAGGUGUUUUACCUUUCUAUAUACAUCAGGUCAAAAUGCUUGUAAGAUAUGUCUUGUUUAUUUAUAUCAGAAUUUACUUCAUACAUUAAUAGUUUAGUAAUACUCCGUCGGUGGUUAUUGGUCGGUAUCAGAAUCCAUGGCUGGAAAGCAACCUCAGUUUUUGUGAUACCAGAAAGAUCAACGUAGUCAGAAGGUUUAGUGGUGGUGGAGCUGUGUUCCAUGACUUAGGUAAGAAACUUUUCUUGUUUUACAUAUUUUAGGUAAUUUUUAAGAAUGCCUUCUCCGUAGAGCAAUUGAAUGACAUUUUAUUGUUCUAGGUAACUUGAACAUAUCGGUUUUGACGUCCCAUAAACGCCACAAUCGACCGAGGAAUUUGGCGUUAAUAGCUGAACAACUCAACACAUUAUUAGGCAUUUCUGUAAGUUUGAAGAGUAUUAUUGUUGAAUACAGUAACAUUUUUUACUACUCAAUAUUUCUGGUAAAAGAAGAAUAUUAUGUUGUUUAGAUAGGACUAAACACUCGCGAUGAUCUCUUACUGCCCGGUGACCGAAAGAUAUCGGGCACGGCUGCACGAAUAGCUAAAGGAAGAGCUUAUCAUCAUUUAACGUUACUGGUAGAUACGGAUUUGGCAGCGCUCAGUUUAUCACUUCGAUCCCCUCUCCAGGGAUUAAUCCAGACCAAUGCUACGAGGAGUGUCAGGGCCAAGGCUGUGGGACAACUAAAACAAGAUGUUCCUGGAAUAACGACGAAGGAAAUCAAGGAUAUUGUGAUAGCUGGCUUUGGAAAACAGAACGUUGAGACACAGAUAAUAGAAAUCGAGGAAAAUGAAGUCAUAGAUGAAGAGAAAAGGCCCGGUAUCACGACCAAGUACGACGAAUUGAGGACGUCAGAAUGGCUGGUAGAGAAAACACCAAAGUUCACUUUGACAUUACCUGAGGGCAACUUCAUAGUCGACAAGGGACGAGUGAUAAACUCUGUGAGUCCGAAGCUCAAGAACGACACUUUCCCAUUAUUAUUCUCAGUUUAA